UAUUAUGCUACUUUGUUUAGUCUUUACAGUUUCCUGUCUUGCGCAGUGGUGAGACGCGAACAUGGCAGCACCGGAGAAGUCCACAAAAGAGCGGCUUUUAUCCACUUUGGACGACUUAGAGGUGUUAUCCAGAGAACUGAUCGAGAUGUUGGCCCUCUCGCGGAGUCAGAAAGCCCCACAGCCCGGCGAAGAUACUCAGGUGCUGGAGCUGCUGGUCCAGAGGGACCGUGAGUUCCAGCAGCUGAUGCAGCAGGCCGUGGAGCAGGGCAGACGGCAGCAGGAGAUGCUCAGCCUGGACAAGGAGCUGGACAAGAGGGACUCAGACAUCCAGCAGCUCCAGAAGCAGCUCAAGGAGGCCGAACACAUCCUGGCCACUGCGGUGUACCAGGCCAAAGAGAAGCUGAAGUCCAUAGAAAAGGCUCGCAAAGGGAGUAUCUCUUCUGAGGAGAUCAUCAAAUAUGCCCACAGGAUCAGCGCCAGCAACGCCGUCUGUGCCCCCCUCAACUGGGUACCAGGUGACCCUCGGAGACCCUACCCUACAGAUUUGGAGAUGCGCAGCGGAAUGUUGGGUCACAUGAGCAACCUGCCGACCAAUGGCGUUAAUGGACACCUGCCCGGAGACGCACUGGCGGCAGGGAGACUUCCAGACAUUCUGACUCCUCAGUACCCCUGGCAGUCUACUGACGUCUCCAUGGGGAUGCUCCCCCCUCACCAUGGCAACGAGUUUGGCCCCGGACACAACAAGGAGAACGAGGACGACGUGGAAGUCAUGAGCACCGACACCUCCAGCAGCAGCAGCGACUCGGACUAGAGUGUGUGUGUGUGUGUUUGUUUGUUUGUGUGUGUGUGUUUUGUGCGUGCGUGCGCGCGUGUGUGUGUGUGUGGUCGGUCAUGACUCGGACUAGAGGAGUGUGUGUGUGUGUAUGUAUGUAUGUAUGUGCACGCGCGGUAAUGAACUCAGACUAGAAGUGGGUGGGUGAGUGAGUGGUCGGUCAUGAACACAGACUCGGACUAGAGGAGUGUGUGUUUGUGUGUACAGUUGUUUAUCAUGGUAUGUAAAUAAAGCAUCUCUUGUAAACUAAG